UAACACUUGUUAAAUGGAUGUUUUCUCAGCAAUAGAAGGAUUUAGAAAUAUUUCCUCUGGUUUGAAAGGUGAAACAUCACUUGAAUUUCUGAAAUGGGUCAAAGAUAAUGUAGAUGAUCUUAUUGAGAAACAGAUUAAAUCUUCACAGAGUAAUAGUGAAGUUGUCCUGCAAUCCAUAAGAGAGGACCUUAGAUCUCUCCUUCCUCUGAAUGGGGUCACUCCAACAGAGAAUAUCUACACCCCUACUGUUGGUCCAAAUGCAGAUUGUGACCGUCUCAGCACUGAACACAUAGAUGCUUUCUGUUAUGAUGAUGAUGACAUAGAUGAUUUGUGUGAUGAGGGACAGAUGAGCAGAAACUACUGCACAGACUGCGGAUCAAGAAAUGUUCGACCUCUAACUCUUAUUACCCACUCUGCAUCUGUAAAACAGAUUAAGUAUAUGUUCCAACACUUACUGGGGGAUCUUAGGGGAAAAACUGUGGUAGAUGUGGGGUCCAGAACAGGGGCCAUACUGUAUGGGGCCUACCUGAUGAGUAAUGCCAGCUGUAUAGUGGGAGUGGAAAUUGACCAGACAUUUUGUCAUAUUCAGAAUCAGAUCAUCUCCAAGUAUCACUUACAAGACAGAGUUCAGAUACAUCAACAAGACGUACAACAGUGUGGAAACCUAAUUCAACAAGCUGAUGUGCUGAUCCUUAACAAUGUAUUUGAAUUUUUUAUGCCUUUGGACAUGCAGAAAAGUAUAUGGCAUUUUUUAUACCAGAACAUGAGGAAGAAAGGAAGCUAUAUUGUGACAGUGCCCAGUAUUACUGAGUCCUUACAGACAAUACAGCUACCAUUAGACUUGGGAUCGUGGAUACAAGAGAUUCCUACAGGGGAGAUAACCGGAAAAGCUAAUCUUUUACUGUAUGGCAAUCAAGAUUCUGAGGAUUCAGAACUUCUACAAAUCCAUCUGUAUCAAGUCGUUUGAUCAGACACCUGGUAAACCACCAGAGUCUCCUGAACUCACAAAUGCUUAAACCUGAAACAACUCAUUUGAACUCACAGUUUCAGCAGGGACUUAUAUAGUAUAUAGGUCCCUGGUUUCAGAAGAUCUUUUUGUAUCUAGUUAUUUGUCCAGUCAAGUGAGCUUACAGUGGCUACAAUACAUGUCUUUAUGUAAAAAAAAAGAAAUACAUAUACUGUAUAUAAAUUCGAACCAGCAGAUGAUGUAUAAAUCAAAACCUAUAGAUCAUAUCAUCAUAACUAUGUCAUAUGAUUCAUAUAAAACAGUGCACUGCCAAGAUUAGAAAAAAUCAUUUUCAGCUGCUUCUGAUAUUUAUACCCACACAUUCUAAAGAAAGUUUGGGUAUAUUAUUGUUAUCCUGGUCUGACCGUCAGUCCAUCACACUAUCUUCUUCUUCAAACUAUUACUUUUCAAGGAGUAUCCAGGUAGCAAAAUCUUCUUUUGGAGUAUAAUUUGUGGUGCUUAAAACAUGUGCAAAAAGAUUUGAAAUUUUAAACUUCGACCCUGGAGGCUAAAUGAGGAAAAGGGUCAUUUUUCUACCAAAAAUCCCCUGGUUCCCUGAAUUACUUUUAUAUUUUUUGCAGUAGCCCAUUCAUCUUUUGGAAUAUGGUUGAGAGUGUCCUGUAGAUGUGCAGUAAGGUUUCAGAAUUUCAAUUUUCAACGUGGGGGUCAGUAAAACAAAAGACGUUUUUCCAUUAAAAAAGACUGACUCCCUGAAUUCCCCUUACGUUUUCUGCAGUUAUCUUUUGGAAUUGAUCGUAGGUGUCCUGUAGAUGUGCAAUUUUGAAAUUUUGAUUUUCACUGUGGGGGUCAAGAUGAAAUAUGGAGAUAGCGAACUGAAUUCAAGCUUGAAGUCCAGUAAACAAUACAAAUUUUGGAGCAGAGCAAACACAGACCUCUAAAACAUCAGAGAUGGGAUCAGGUGCCAUGGAGGAGUGAGCAUCCCCUGCCGACCGGUCACACCCGCCGUGUGCUCCUUGUCAUGAUCGGGAAAUAACGGAAAAAUCCCUCAGCAAUUCUGUGUGUAAAUAAUGUACUAACAAUUAGUAUGCAUAUGACUUAAUGAUAGAUUGUAUUUGCUGACAAGGUCAUUGUGUCGACCAUAGAACUUGCGAAAUGUUGACUUCAAACGAGACUGUUGACAUCCUUGUUUCAUCAACUUGUUUGUCAAUAGCUUGCCUCGUUUUAGAAAUUGUUCGGACGUAGUGCACGCUUUUACGUAUCGAAUCAACUGAGAGACAAACUCCAUAUGCAGGUGAUAAGGGUAUAUUGCUACAUAAAUAAGGGAAGUUGACAAUAGAAGAAUUGAAGCCAUCAUGUUUAUCAUUAAGUUUUGUUGUUAGGUUACCAUUAACGUCUUUUUCUAGUAUGAAACAGAUGUGUCAGACUUUGUAGUAUCUUUUAUUUCAAGCUCACUGGAUAUAUCGUUAACUAUCGUUAAUUGAUAAUACGUCGUCGAUACAACUAACUGUCGAGUUGAAGGCCACGGCGAGGGAUUUCUUUUUCUCAUGUAUAAGAUUUUGAAUAAAUUCUGCUUCAUAUAAAUACAAAAACAGGUCUGUUUACAACGGUGCGCAAUUGGUAUCCAUGGGAAUUCAACAGAUUGUUGGAAGACCUGGUCUCCAAAAACCACAUAGAUAUUGUCAGUCAGAAACUCGAGCAUCUUUUAGCUCUUCUGAGCCAAAGUCUCAAAGAGCUAAUGCUAUGACCAUUUGUGCAGUGUGCGUAAACUUUUUGGAAAAUGGACCAUAUCUCAAGAACCCCUUAGCCAAGGGGAAGAUUGGAUUUCAAAAUUGACGUUUUUCUACAAAAACCUAGUUUCCUGAACUCCUUAUGCAUUUUUGAAGUAGUCCAUUCGUAUAUUGAAAUAUGAUUAGGGGUGUCUUGUAGAUAUGCAAUAGAGUUUCGGAAUUUCGACGGGGGGAGGGUCAAAAACAGACUUUUUUUCUACAAAAGCCUAGUUCCCUGAACUUUUCUUACAUUUUUGCAGUAGUCAACUCAUCUUUUGGAAUAUGAUUGGUUGUGUCCUGUAAAUGUGCAAUAAGGUAUGGGAAUUUUCACUGUGGAGGCAAAAUGGGAGUUCAGAAAAGAAUUUUUUUAGAUAAA